AUGAAACAGGAGGUUUGGAAUUUAAAAGAUCGGAAGGCACUAGGGUUGAUCUGUUUGACGUUGGCGAGAAACAUUGCCUUCAAUAUCAUUAAAGAGACGACGACUGUAGGGUUGCUAACAGCUUUGGCAAACAUGUAUGAGAAACCAUCGGUCAUUAACAAGGUAUACCUGAUGCGUUGUUUGUUUAAUUUGAAAAUGUCUGAAAGUGGAUCUGUCACGGAUCAUAUUAACGAAUUUAAUAUAAUCAUCGAUCAAUUAAGAUCUGCAAAAAUUAAUUUUAAUGAUGAGAUAAGAGCUCUAAUUUUGUUAUCCUCUCUACUUGAGUCGUGUGAUACUAUUGUUUCCACAAUUAGCAGUUCACGUGGAUUUGAGAAGUUAAAGUUUGAUAAAGUCCGGGAUGUUGUCAUGAGUGAGAGCAUUCACAAAAAUGAAAUAAAGGAUUCAUCUAGUAAUACACUCAGUGUCGAGGGUAGAGGCAGGAGCAAGGUGUGGAUAGUCCGAUUGACUCAUGGAUACUUGAUUCAGGUGUAUCUUGCUGAUAAUAAAGCCUUGAAGAUUGUUGGAAAGGGGGAUGUGGACAAUACAGGUUACAGAAUAGUAUUUGGGGAGAGUUCUUGGAAAAUUGUGAAAGGAGUUAUAGUGAUAGCAUGGGGUAUAAAAUCUGGAACUUUAUACACUACUGCAGGGUGUUCGGACAUGGUUGCUGCGAUUGAUAGUAUAUUGAGCUCAAGUCUAUGGUACAAUAGGCUUGGACACAUGAGUGAGAAGCGGAUGGAGAUGCUAGCUUCAAAAGGGUAUAUGCAAGAGUUGAAAUCUGUUGAUAUGGAUUUAUGUGAGAGUUGUGUUCUGGAAAAGCAAAAACAGGUCAGUUUCACAAAGGCUAUCAUAGAACCAAAGGCAGAACGGUUAGAACUAGUAUAUACAGACAUGUGGGGGCCAUCUCUAGUUUCCUCUCUUGGUGGUUCGAAAUACUAUGUUACCUUCAUUGAUGACUUCAGUAGGAGGAUAUGUAGAUGGAAGGCUGAAGUUGAAAAUCAGACUGGGUUGAAGAUCAAAUACCUAAGGUCUGAUAAUGGAGGCGAGUAUAAUUCUACAGAAUUCAAGAAGUUCUGUGCUGAUGAGGAAAUUAGGUGCACCAAGAUAGUUCUUGGCAAGGUAAGACAGAAUGAGAUUGUUGAAAGGAUGAACAGAACGUUGAAUGAGCGAGCAAGAAGCAUGAUGCUACAUGUUAGGCUGCUAAAAAUGUUUUGGGCAGAUAUAGUGAGCACAAUAACAUAUUUAAUAAAUAGAGGACCUUCAGUUCCUUUGGGUUUUAAGAUUCUAGAAGAAGUUUCGUCGGGUAAAGAGCUUAAGUUUAUUUAUCUGCGGACUUUUGGGUGUGCUGCCUAUGUUCGCAUUGAUCCAGAAAAGAGAGACAAGCUUGAUGCAAAGGCUUUGAAGUUAAGACCACAGGAGAAUCCAAAAAAUACUAUUGCAGAAUCAGAACAGCAACCAGCCACACCUGCACCAGUGUUGAGGAGAUCUACUAGGGCUACCAAGUCAUCAGAAAGGUAUUCACCUUUCCUGUAUUAUUUGUUGUUGACUGAUGGAGGGGAAUCAGAAUCCUUUGAUGAGGAUUUGCAGGUGAAGGAUUCAAUUAAGUGGGAGCAAGCCAUGGAUGAUGAGAUAUGGUCACUUGAGAAGAAUGACACUUGGAAAUUAACUGAGUUGCCUGCAUAG